AACGAGCAGUUAGCAAUCCCGCAGCUUCGACAAUCGAGUUAUCGACACGAAACUCCACCCACGAAUCCAUCUAGGCGUUGUCUUCACUUGGGUUACUUCGGAGGAAAGAGGCUUCACAAAAUCUCUUGGUCCGCCCCAAAACCCUCUCCACUGACGAGAUCCGCUCCAAUGGCGAAACUCGCGAUCUUCUUCACUCUCACACUCUCACUUCUCCCCUUCCUCUCCCACUCCUUCUCGCCGGACACCCCGACCGACCGCCGGAUCUUGGUAUUGCUCGACGAUUUCUCCCUCAAAUCCUCGCAUUCCAUCUUCUUCACCUCCCUCAAGUCCCGUGGCUUCGAUCUCGAUUUCAAGCUCGCCGAUGAUCCCAAGCUCUCCCUCCAGAGAUAUGGCCAGUACUUGUACGAUGGCCUGAUCCUAUUCGCCCCCUCAGUUGAGAGGUUUGGAGGUGCAUUGGACGUUGCAGCUGUGCUUGACUUCGUUGACUCCGGUCAUGAUUUGAUCGUUGCCGCUGAUACUACCGCUUCUGAUUUGAUCAAGAGUGUCGCGACGGAGUGCGGAGUCGAUUUCGAUGAGGAUCCUUCAGCUAUGGUUAUUGAUCACCAAGGCUAUGCAGUGUCCGAUGUUGAUGGUGAUCAUACGCUGAUUGCAGCUGAUGAACUAAUAAGAUCGGAUGUGAUCCUCGGAAAGACUAAAAUUGAGGCUCCAGUUCUCUUUAAAGGUAUCGCGCAUUCUCUGAAUGCUGCAAACACUCUGGCAUUGAAAGUCCUAUCUGGUUCUCCAUCAGCAUAUUCAGCUAAUCCAUCUGCCAAGUUGUCAAGUCCGCCGUCGCUGACUGGAUCUGCAAUCUCGUUGGUUUCAGUUGUGCAGGCAAGGAACAAUGCCCGUAUUAUGAUAUCUGGGUCGUUGGAUUUGUUCAGCAAUCGGUAUAUGAAAUCAAGUGUGCAGAAAGCUGGGAGUCCUUCAAAGUAUGAAAAGUCUGGAAAUGAGCAGUUUGUGACUGAAGUUAGCAAAUGGCUUUUCCAUGAAAGAGGUCACUUGAAGGCUGGAAACCUCAGACACCUAAAAGUCGGGGAGACUGGAGAACCUGCAAUGUACAGGAUCAAAGACGAUCUUGAAUUUUAUGUGGACAUUUUUGAGUGGUCUGGGAAUAGCUGGGAGCCAUAUGUGGCUGAUGAUGUUCAGGUUCAGUUCUAUAUGAUGAGCCCAUAUGUAUUGAAAACUCUAUCAACUGACAAGAAGGGUCUUUACCAUACAUCGUUCAAGGUGCCUGAUGUAUACGGAGUCUUCCAAUUCAAGGUUGAAUACCAGAAGCUUGGGUACACUAGUUUGUCACUUUCUAAACAGAUUCCGGUUCGCCCCUUCAGACACAAUGAGUAUGAGAGGUUCAUCCCAACUGCCUUCCCAUAUUAUGGAGCUUCCUUUACCACGAUAUUUUUUUUUUAUCUGUUCGUGUUCUUCCUCGUAAUUAAAACACGGUUUGCUGGUGCCUUGCAGAUGGCUGGGUUCUUUAUCUUCAGCGUCGUCUACCUAUACAACAAUAGGAUGGUUGGUCGGCCACCCUUCUCAAUUCUGUAAUUUAGAAGGAAGUUAGAAACAGUAGAGAUCAAUUCUGUUUUUUCAGUAAAAAUACAUGCCUCUAAAGAUUUUCAUCUCGAGGACACGGCGGAUCAUUUGGAUCACAUUCUGAGAGAGUUCGUUAGCAAUUUAGCAUCAGUUAAGCUAUGGGAAAACAGAAGCACUGAGAUUUUGAUCUACGCUGAAAAAGACUACGGAAAUGGAGAAGCUAUUUAGCUCAUGUAUGCUGCUCUCUCAGUUCUCAACCAUUCUCGACAUGUCAUGCAAAUCUCUGUUCCA